AUGAACAAUAAAAGGAAUAGUGACGAGGCGGGCUCAUCUCUAUCACCUAGUACUCCUGUUGUUGAAGAGUUUAGGAAAUUGAAGGCAUGUGCUCGAUGUCACCGACUCAAAAUACGAUGUAAAUUCGUUGACCAUUCCUACAAAUCCUGCGUGAAUUGUUAUACAGCCAACUUAGAGUGUUCCAUGACGCUUGAUCCUACUUUGGCCACAGCUAAGCCAAGGCCAAGGAAGAAAAUCAAGGCAAUGGAGAAGCAAAAUGCUUUAAGUGAGUUGCACUCACAUCUGGAUUUAGGGCUUCAAGCCCUCAAUAACCUGAAGAAUGAACAUAGUGACAAAGAAACAAUAGAGAAGGAAUCUACACACCUAUUUUUGGCUCAGAAGAAGCUAACUAAUAUGAUAAACUUAGUAAGCCAUGAAAUUACAAGUAGAGCAACCAACUCUUCUGAAGGUAAAACUGCCUCCAGUGCCAAUAGUAUGAAGGAAGGUGUUGUAAGAGCAGUACCCAAGUUACCCUUGAUCCCCUUUGAAAGCAACAUAGUUAGGGAGAUUACCAAACUAGGUCUAAUAUCUUUGAAGGAGUGCUCUACCCGGUUUAGCUUUUUCGUCAAUGAAAUGUUGGAGUACUGGCCCUGUGUGAAUCUCUCGCUAUAUGCAGAUGAUUUUGAGUCUCUUCUGGAUAAGGACCCGUUAUUAUUGUUGGGAUGUAUCUCUGUUACAUGUCUUAAUAAUCCUGAUCUACAUGACACACUGUUGUACUACUUGGAAAGAAAUCUAACGCAAAGGGUGACAACUACAGGAGACAUUUCGAUAAGCAUCAUCAAGAUCUAUACAAUCCUAUCACUUUGGUCUUCACCCCCAAAAAGAUGGGGCUCAUACAAACACCAGCUUAACUUAUUGACAGCGAUGAAUCUUACCCUGUGUCUAGACCUGGGCAAUGAGAAGUUCAGAAACAACAGCAAAGUCUUAGAGAACAGUUCAGAGGAGAGAGAAAUCAUCAGAACUUAUGUCGGAGUGUACUGUUGCUGUUCAUCUUUAGCUCUUUCUCUCCCUCGUUUUAAAGUUGUUACAUGGAAUGACAGUUUUGACCAAUCGGUAAAGCUACUGCUAAUGGGAGAGACAAACCAAAAUGAUAAGUUUUUGGCAUAUUAUGCACAGUUUUUGAAAGUUGGACAUGACUACUUCACCAUAUUCUCUCCUGAUCUUUCGAUGGGUACACUUAUUACGGACAUUGAGCAGUUGAAGUCGUUGUGUGAAGAAUUUGAAAGAGCAAUCUCUAAAUGUCUCGCGUCAAGUGGUUUGUUAUCAGGAUCUUGCAAGCAAAGAUUUCUCAUUUCCAUCAUUUAUUAUCAAGUUUUGAUGUGCUGUUAUGAUUUUAUCGUAUGCAAAGUCAUAUUUCAAACAUCUCUUUUUUUGCACUACAGUGAAGACCAUUUUUACUUAUCCGUACUAAAUAAGUUGAUCCGAUCUGCUGAGAAAAUUAUUGAUAGCUUCUUAAAUAUUUGUGAACUAUCAACUAAUUUCCCCACAUUUUUUUACUAUCGGCCGAUGCAUGCUCUUGUCUCGCUGAUCAGGGUAAGAUUGCUGGUUGUGUCUCAGAAGUUGAAUUUGGAGAUCGACGUGGAACGGGAAUACGAUCGAAUCAGUCAAAUCAUGAAGACUAUCUCCAAGAAGUCACUUGUUGCCAAAAAGAUGUCAACAAUACUUUCGAUAGUACAAAAGUGGAUGAAGGUCAGCCACAACUUUACCCAGCAUGGAUCUGUCAACUCAAUGACGGUUCUACUUGAUGAACUUGGCACUGAGCAUGCAGUUGAAGUGCUUAAAGAGCCCACGAUAAAAUGCGAGGAAAGUUCAAAGCCGAGACCUUCAUUAAGCUUCGCUACAUUGGCUCCACCUCUUUCUGACGAUACCGGGAAAGAAAGCAAAGCUACGGAUGAAAAUCGUAUCCUAAACGACAUAUUUCAGCAGAUUGAUGAUGAUAUAAAUUCAUUCUUUCCUUCUUUGCCCACAGACCUCAACCAAUGGGAUUUCAAUAACGAGUAUCUAGAGGGAGACAUUGAAUCAAUGUUUAAAAAUGACAGCAACAGUCAAUUUUGGUAG